GCUAAGUGGACAGACUUCACGUUGAGCUCGCAUGAACCUCAGCAUCCCCCCUCUGGCCCUCCCUCUCCCUCUUCAGCCCCCGCUGGACUCAUUUCAUCCGCGUUAAACCGCAGGAACUCCGCCGCGGAACACACGGUGAUCCCGGCCAAGCAUGUGCGCCGCAUGGAAAUGCGCGAGGAAAACAUCCGAGAUGAAGGCGGCGCGCUCUGAGGAGCGGCGAGGCGCAGACGUCGGGAAGAGGCAGCUGGAGUAAAGCUGUCAUGAUGCGCGGACGCCUGGCUGCGGUGCCGCGCGUGGCGCUCCUCUUCCUCUUCUUCUGUCGGGGGGAAGGCGGCGGCGUCCCGGAGGCCGCCGGCCUUUCAGAGGGAGACGAGGACAUGCGUGCGACGUCAGGCAAAAAGCAACAAGUCUUACCUCGCCUGGGGUCCGCGGACGUCUUGCUUGAGCGAAUCAAAGAGCCGGGAAGACACGGCCCCGAUGCCGAGGCUGACGUAACACCAGUGCCACUCCUGGCCUUCCAACUCAGUGUCAAACACCCGGCCGACAAAAGGGACACACUGAGCCGCCCUGAAACUUCUGCUACAUCCUAUGUGUCUAAACUUAGAACAGAAGUCACUGAGUUGGGGAGCAAAAGGAACGUUUUGAGUGACGGGGAUGAUGGCGGUGUGGUUGAUGGUGACUAUCUGGGACCAAGUUCAGAGGAAGAGGCGUACUCUGCCAACGGAGUCGGUGAGGUUCAGCCUGGAAGGACUCCGGGUGGCUCUGAACGGGUUGAAGACCCUCAGUGGGGCCAGAGCCCCCGUCGCCGCAGGAGCUGGCUCUGGAACCAGUUCUUUGUGAUCGAGGAGUACCGAGGGCCCGAGCCGGUGCUCAUUGGGCGGCUGCACACCGACAUGGACAGAGGGGACGGGCGCACCAAGUACAUGCUGGAGGGGGAGGGAGUCGGCUCUGUGUUCGUCAUCGACGGCAACACGGGCAACAUCCACGUCACCAAGGCCCUGGACCGCGAGGAGAAGGACGAGUACCGGCUCACGGCGACGGCCACUGACAGGGAGACGGGCCGGGCCCUGGAGCCCUCCUCCGAGUUCAUCAUCCGGGUGCAGGACAUCAACGACAACCCGCCCAUCUUCCCCGACGAGCCCUACAUUGCCAUGGUGCCGGAGAUGGCCAACAUAGGCACUUCCAUAACCCGGGUCACAGCCACAGACGCCGACGACCCGACGUACGGAAACAGCGCCCGGCUGGUCUACGGGAUUUUGCAGGGCCAGGACCUGUUCUCCGUGGAUCCUCAGACAGGCAUCCUGCGGACCGCCGUACCUGACAUGGACAGGGAGACGCAGGACGAAUAUCUGGUGGUCCUCCAGGCCAAGGAUGGCGGACAUCUGGGUGGGCUGACGGGGACCACCACCGUCACCGUGAAGCUGAGCGACGUCAACGACAACCCGCCCCACUUCAGACGCAGUGCGUGGUCGUUCUCUGUGUCGGAGCUGGCUGCACCAGGUGUGGAGGUGGGCCGUCUCACUGCCACCGACCCCGACCUGGGAGAAAACGCGCAGCUGGAGUUCACCAUCCUGGACGCGGAGGAGGCGGAGAUUUUCAACGUCACCGGCAGAGCCAGAGAGGCCGUCAUCGUGCUGAACAAGCUUCUGGAUUACGAAAUGCGUAAUUCGUAUACUUUUUCCGUGGAAGUGGCGAACCCGGUCGUUGACCCCCGGUUCAUACGGAAAGGGCCCUUCAAGGACCAGGCGACGGUCCGGGUGAUGAUCCUCAACGCUGAUGAGCCGCCGCGGUUCUCCCAGGCCGUCUACCACCUGGACGUGUCUGAGAACUGUCCCCCCGUCUGUGCCGUCGGCCGCGUCCACGCCGUGGACCCGGACACGGGACAGAGCAGCAACAUCAGGUACUCCAUCGAUCCGCAGUCGGACCCCGAGGCUUUGUUCCGCAUCGCCUCCGACAAGGGCUUCAUCAGCGCUGUGGUGGAGUUGGACCGUGAGCAGGAGCAGUGGCACAAUAUCUCAGUCAUCGCCACACAGAGGGCUGUGGUUGCCAUAGAGACACUGGACCAGAAUGACAAUGCGCCGGAGUUGGACAGGCAGUACGCAACAUCAGUAUGUGACUCCAGCGCCCCGGGUCAGGUCGUCCCAGGUCCUCCGAGCGGUCGAGGGAUCAGGGAGGACAGGACUCUCCGGUCCACUUCAGCAUCCCUCCUGAGUCCAGCUCCGCCCUCAACCUCUCCAUCAGAGAAUCUGGAGGUUACCUCCCCCGCUUCUCCCUACAGCCGCUAUUUCACAUUUCAGGCAGAAAUUGGACACCCGUCGAUUAGCGACAAGAGAGCGCCCUGUGCUUUGCUUCGGCCUUGGAGCCGCUCCCUGGCUUCUCUGCGUCUCCCGCUCGCCCUCGACGUGCCGGUGGUGCUGCGUGACGGGGCCUCGGGGACCAACACCGGCACCGUCACAGUCACCAUUUGCCCGUGUCUGCAAGGCGGCAUGCAGACGGAGAGCCGGGGCAGGCAGCGGGACCCGCGGUGGGAGAGGCAUGUGGUCUGCCUGCCCGCGCCGUCCGCCUCGCCGUCGCUCAUCUUCAGCUUGGUCACGCUGCUCGCCAUGCUGGCCUGUGUCACCACUCUGCUGGUGGUGUGUGCUCUCUCGCUGUCAUUGCGCCAUCAGAAGCGAGACUCCCACUCGCCCUUUGAGGAGGAUGAUGUCAGGGAAAACAUCAUAUCCUACGACGACGAGGGGGGAGGGGAAGCGGACACGGCCGCCUUUGACAUCGCGGCGCUGCAGAGCAUGCACAGGAUCCAGCACAUGCACAACAGCGGGAACAUAUGGUACACCCAGCAGAAUCCGCCCAGAGCCAGGUUGUACAGCUGGAGCCGUCACCUGCGCCCGGCUCUGGGCCCCCAGCAGCGGCCCGGCUCGGCCCCGCUCUACGGGCGCCUCUGCUACGGCGUCCACACGCUUCCCGUUCCCAGAGACUACCCGCUCGGGCCGCUGGAGGAGGGCCUCCAGCUGGGCCAGGUGACCCAGGGUGUCGGGGCGGGUCACGGCGCCAAUCGUCUCCUCGUCCCCGGCCAGAGAACCUUUGAGCAUCUGCUGCGCUCGUCUGAGAUGAGCCUCGGCGGCUUCCAAGUGGAGCAUAUGCUGGCAAAGAGCGCGGCCGCAAAGGGGAACGAGAGUGGCGGGGCAAAUGCGGCUGGCGCCAAAGGGAAGGAGGAGCAGGCCAAGCCGAACCCGACGGGCCCGGAGUCGACAGCCGCCAACGUCCCGGCAGACCUGACCUACGAGUCGUCGUGCCAGAGCCACACCAGCUUCUCAUCGAACCAGCAGGAUGGCCGACCGGGGUCAUCCCAGACCCAGGUCAGCACCGGCGCCACCAGCACCACGGCGGACGACAUCGACACCGACUCCUCCAUCCCCUCCAUGUCGGAGCAGAACUACUCCACUAGUAGCCAGAUGAGCAGCGUGAACUCCCCCCUAUGUCAAGGCAGACUCCUACAGCAUAGUGGGCUCGCUGAACCCGGGCGGGAUGGGGGUGUGCAUCAAUGGGACCGGCGCCGGCGGCGGGUUGCAGCUGCUCAACAUGGCAACGCUGAAGGCCAGAGACGCGCCCCUGCAGACUUUCGGCGACGGAAAAGCCCCAGCGUCCGAAGCCCCGAACCCUCAGCCGCUCCGGAUGGAAGAACUCCUCACAUCCGCUUGGACCGGGUCACCUCGGACCUGUCGCAGCCGCCCUACGACUCGCUGCAGACUUACGAGUUCGAGGGCCGCGACUCCAGGGCCGAGUCGCUGAGCUCGCUGGAGAGCGACGGCGACAAGGAGGGCGAGCGGGCAGCGGGGGGAGGCCUGGACGAGCUCAACCAGAAGUUCCAGAGGCUGGUGGAAAUCAUCCGCGAGAGGCAGAAGGAGAAGAAGAAGACGACGACACAGAGCGGCGAGGCGGCGGAGACCACAGAGACUCAGAGACAGGGCGAGGACACAGAGAAACAGCUGCAGAGAUGGGAUUUCUAGAUCCCUGGAAGAGACGAGCGUGAGCGAAGAGGAAAAUCUUUGAUAAUGACGGAGUUUAAACACACACAAACACGGGGGAAAAAACAUUCCUCUGACACAAAUGAGCUUUCCAUUUUCUCCCUGACGUCAAGAAUCAAGGCAAACCGGAGCGCAGAUCUGUGAUCAGUGUGUAGCUUUCACUUUCACCGGGUUUAGAAACGGGAACCCGUCACUUUUCACACCAAACAUUAAUAAUGCAAACAGGGCUUUAAAAGUUAGAGAUAUAAAUAAUGUUUGUUUUUAUAUAUUAUAUAUAUAUAUAUAUACAAAGCACCAAAAAUUGUUGGAGAAUAUGUUCUAUCAAAGAGUGAAUAGUUAUUUAAGUCAGUAUGUGGCGUUUUUUGGCUCCAAAACUGGAGACGCCACAUGACUAAAAUGACCAAAAAUAUUUAUAUCCCUUAAAUCUUUUCACCUUACAGCAGGGCUGGAUAAUAAAUCCAUAACAAAAUCACGGUAGACACAUGAUCAAUAUCAAUCGAUAAAACAUCUGAUAGAAUAUUCAAUAUAUAGAAUAUUCACUGAAGCAGAGGAAAGGUUUCGUCCAUCGUCGUAUCGUCCAGCUCGAUCAGCAACAAACUUCGGUGUGUUUCACUGAGAUUUUGCGUGAUAGGUAGACAGUAACAAUUUGUCCCAGAAGUCAUUGCGGUAAACAACAAUAUUGUUGUUCGACUUUUUUUCAUGCAAUAUUGUGGUAAUGGCAUAAUAACGCUGAAAGAUCAAGAAACAUUUAAUUUCUAACCGCCAUUUAAUUGUACGAUGUCAAAAUAAAUAAAUCCGAAACAACAAAUAAAACGGCUAAAGAUGGAUGAGAAGCGAUCUGGUAAAACGAUCCGCUUUGGCUUAAAACGCUUAUGUAGUAGGAAAGGGACCCUGGAAAUUAUCCUGAACGCAUCAGGGUGCAGACAGUCGGGGUCAGAGUUCAUGGGGAGAUACAGGAAGCUGAAAAAGAGUUGAAGCAGUAGAGGUUCACCCUCCCGAUUUCACACCCUCACAGUGAAAUCGUUUAGCUCUUUUGCCAUGAUGGCUCAAAGUCAAAACCUCAAUCCAAGAAUCUCCGGCAAGAAAAUUGCUGCGUAAAGACACAGCGUUUAAGCUAUUUUGAAGAGAACGGGAGAAAAUGUCUCUAGACGUGCAAAGCUGGUAGAUUUAUGAGGUAUUAACUCACCAUGGACGGACACUGAACUGCAUUAUUUGCAGAGGAAUGUGAAACGAGUGUGCGCUGAAAAAAAAAUCACACUGAAGCUUGUGGUUGGAAGGUGACAAAAAUGUAAAAAAGUUUAAGGGACGGAUACUUUUGUAAGGCACAGCAAGUCCCCUCUGACGACAUACAUUAACUAUGCUCAAAAUAAUAACUGUCCAAACAAAACCUGUUCACUUUGAACAUCAACAAUCAAUAGGCUGAGUCUAUCAGUGACGCCUGUGUUUUUGCUAA